AUCCACGAUUUGAUUCAUACAGGAACCGCGUGGAGGUUUGGCGACACCUCAAUGGCACUCUGAUCUGGAACCAAAAAGUAACCCAGUUUGGCGUGCACCACAGUCGAAUAGCCCAUACACUACAUCAUAGCUGGAAUAAGAUAGAAUACUCAGCACCAUGAACGAUCGAACGAAUGAAUUUAUGUCGUUGGCCCGGAGCAUGCCGAAUGCGGGCGCCGCAUCGAUGCAAGCUCGAAGCCAAUCCUCGGCAUCGGACGGCACUAACAAAGCCAACAGUAAUGUGGAACUGCGUCAAUUCCACAAGACGGCGGCUGACAUUUCUCGAGACAUUGCGGCAACUUCUGCCAUGCUUUCGGAACUGGCUCAGUUGGUUCGCAAGAAGUCCUUGUUUUUGGACGACACACAGCACAUUAACAGUUUGGUGAUGCGCAUCAAGUCGAAUGUGGAGUCAUUGAAUGGUCGUUUGGACGAAGCCGGGGCCGUCAUUGCGCAGCAAAAGCGCAAAUUGGGCAAGAACAGUCAGGCAGGACAAGAGGCUCUCAACGUGGUCGGACAGCUCAAGGAGGAAUUUGGAGAAGCAGCGGCCGGAUUCAAAAAGGUUUUGCAGCAGAGAACCGAUACCAUGAAAGAGACCACCGAUAUGAAAAGACAAGUCUAUGGAGCCGACAAUGACGACGAUCCGGGCGAUGUGCCCGUGCUCAACUUGGAAAACAAACCUCCCGUUUACUCCCACUCGCUCUCCACGCCCUUGGCAGGAGCGGGCAUGAACAACAGCAACAACAACCUACAAGCACCCAUGAGUUUCAACAAUUUCCCUACUCUCGAUUUGACCAGUGGCAUGUCCGCUGGAGAGAGCAGUUCCAGUGCUUCCCAAUUGCCAAGGCCUCAUGGAGCUUCUGCGUAUGACACGGGCGCUUAUGGAGUCCCUGGAAGUGGAAUGCGUCUUCGACACUCCAACAGUGAUCCCAUGCCGCCAGCGUACUCGGGGUCAUACUCCACCUACAACAAUGCCGGCAAUACACCUCUGACUCCAUUGGAUAUUCAGCGCAUGGAAACCGAAAGUGGACAGCAACAGCAGAUGCAACUCAUUCCCGAUCAAGACUACUUGAGAGAACGCGCCGAUGCCAUGUCACAGGUCGAAACACAAAUGGUAGAAUUGGGAACCAUCUUUAACAAAUUGGCCGUCAUGGUCUCGGAACACAGAGACAUGGUCCAGAAGGUCGAAGACGAUGUGGAUGACGCAAACACAAACAUCAACCUCUCGCUCAACACGCUCACCGAUACUUUGCACAGUUUGCAGACCAAUCGGGCACUCUUCUUCAAAAUCUUGGCCGUACUGGUCGUUUUCAUUAUCGGUUUUGUCAUCUUCUUGGCGUAAUUUUUAAGAAGAUUUCACUCCAAAAAGAGUACAUGUAAUGAUUCAAGAAGCACAGAAGAACUAUUAAAAAAUUCCGCCAAUUUUGGUGUACCGUCCUGUAUUUAACACUCAACAAGAGAAAAAACAUCAUACUUUUGAUUCAAUCAUUCAUUCAAAGAUAGAAUUCCUUCCUCUGACACCGCAUUCACAUGCCAUACCAUACCACGAUGGCAGGGGACGGAAUAAUUUCACACAAUUUGGACAGAUCAAGAAUGUACCGGUACAGUAACCAGCCACCAAGAGCAACCUGCACGGUUGAUGGGUUGCAGGUGGUGGCUACCGAUUUGAUUCGAUUCAUCUGAUUCAUCAUUCGUUCUAUCUCAUGCCAUACUGGCGUUCCCAGUUGGGUGCUAAGGUACGGUAUUGGAACAUCUAAAUGUACCGGUACAUGUACUGGUACGGAGAAGAAACGGAGACGUACGGUAGGAAUUGGUAGCUUGAGAUGCGGUAGCUCGCUCAAGAAGGGCGCCGGUAGCCAUACCGUUCCGGCCUCUGAGGUCGUAGAAGCAUUCCGUAAACUUUCAUCUGGAAUCGAUGAUUCGAUUGAAUCAUUCAGACUAGAGAGAUGAGAUUGGUUGUCCGCGUGGUUUCUAGCUUUCGUUACCUGCUGCUACGUCUGCGAGUCAUCGUUGGCAGGCAGCAGGGAGUUUAUCAUACCUCAUUCCAGUCUGUGUAUGUACAUACAGGGUACCGGUAGAUGUCAUGCGCCCACGGAAACGGUUGGAAAACCAAGAAGAAGCCACAAACCAGGCAUGGGGUUAAGCGUACAGUCGUACCACACCUGAAGAAAGCUUAGCACCCAGCCAAGCGGUGGCGGGUCCCCUGAUCAAAACGCAAACAGCGACUCGGCUGAGGCUGACUCCCGCGCCCUUCUGAAAAUUCGAUGAGAUCCACGUACCGGUCGCUAAAACUGCGUAGCCAUGACGGAAGGAGUGAAGUCAUAAGGUGUUAUCUACAAAUCAAAUCCAGGCGUUGCAUUCUGUAUUCUUGCUCUAGAGUAGCUAUGAUACCUCUGUGGAAAUAAAACAGAAGCAUUCUCCUUGCGUGAAGGCGAUAAACAUGCCCGUGGCAAGGAGAAGCUUCGAGCCAAAAUUUUCCACACACGGCUGAACGGUCGGGAAGCCCACUGGGUGCGCGACUGGGAGCCAACAGUCUUGUUACCAAACGAUGCAGCUGAUAUCUUAUCCUUCGUGGCUGGA